AAGAGGCCGAGCAAAAGGCGGUGGAUGACUGCUCGUAACCGUUAAGUUAGCCAACCACCCUCCUCUUCCUUCUUGCUGCCAUCCGACCUGUCUGUCUGAGAGUAAUCGUGUUGUCAGUCGGCUUGCAUCCUACUCACGACUGGCUUGGGUGAGACGAACGUCCGUCACAAGUUUGGAAGCAUUUCAGUAUCAUCUCAAUUACGGACCAUUGUCUGAUCUUAGCAAGGCAUCGCGGAUAAAGACGACUAGCGAUGAACUGGUCUGAAACAACGGUUACCGACUCUCCAUAUGUAGAGCCAGGGGUGGACAACUGCAGUGAGAUAACCGACACCUACAGCGAUACGUUGCCGAUAGUGGUUUUUAUCUCCCUUCUACUGACCCUGUCGGUUGCUGGCAAUGCGCUGUUGCUCUUCAUCUUCAUCUUCAGAUGGCGCUCUCUUGGAGCAACAAAGGUAUACGUUUGUGCGUUGGCAAUACUGGACUUGCUGGCAGCACUCCUAGUCAUGCCCCGAGAUCUCAUGACCAUGACCUUCAGGUCCACGCGCACCCUUGGACCGACCUUUGACCUGAAUGCUUACUGCAAGGCCGUGUCCUUCUUCGGUUUUGCCUGCACUGGGCCGCUGGUUUCAUCCUCCUCGCCAUCGCCACCUGCCGUUACCUUAAGGUCAUGAGGCUCCGCCAAGUGGCAGGUCACGGUGGACAAAUCACGACCUCGCGAUGCGCUGACCUAUCGCGUUUCGUCAGCUCCCAUCGGGGAGCGAAGGUGACGUCACUGGUCAUCGUCGCCGGCUCGUGCGUCCUGAGCUUGCCGUCCCUCGCCCUGUACGGAAACGUCCCCGGCGAGCGCUGCUUCUUCCAGCUGCUCAACGGUUCGAUGCCGACGCCGUCCAGCGUCUCCUGCUACCUCUUCUGUGGCAUCCAGAGAAAGACAGAAGGAGCGGUGGCCUUUUAUGCUUUCAACGCCGUGCUUUUCGCCGGAGUGGCCGUUGCCCUGCUAACGUUGUACAUCAUCGCCUGUUGCCGCGUGCAGGCCCUAGACACCAGCGACCUUUCGUCCUGCGGACAGCCACCGCAGGCUGUGGGUUCUUCUCCAGAUAUGACCCGCUUUCAAUUGUCGACCGGAGCCGUUGAAGCGGUCUCGAUGCGGAGGACGGAUUCGCAAACGAUCAUCCUCAAAGCACGAGAAUCUACUUUCCAAAGGAAUGAUCCAGGAGUUAACGAUGAAUCGGGCAUCAUGCCCCUGGAGGUCUACGGUCCACAGGUUGUCUCCUCCCCUCCUCUGACGUCAGACGACAACUCAAAGGGCGAUGGCGACGAGGAUAGUCCAGGCGUGUUUCAGAUGUCAGUCCACUCCGCGCUCCAUGCCUACAAGUGGCGCAAGAGCAAGCUUCGCGGGGCAACGCUGACACUCGUGACCAUCACGAUUAUCUAUAUCAUGAGCUACAUCCCUUUCAUAUUCCUCUCCUUUAAGAAUCAGCUGGACGAGAAUCGGUGCAGCAAUCUGUCUGCUGGCAGUGUCAUGGUUACCGAACUCUUUGGCCGUUCUUUCUUCAUUGCCAACGCAGCCAACCCUAUUGUGUACGGGUUCUGCAACAACACAUUCCGCAGGCUGUUGUGGAAAACACUCAUCUGGAGAAGAGAAGUGUUUUAAUUAUGCUGAAUUAAUGCUAGAUGGACCAUUAUUUUGUUGUUAGUUUGUCCUUUAUUUACUUGUUUGUUGGCUUGCCUGUUUGGGGUUUUGUUUGUUUUUUGUUUGUGAGAUUUGGGUUUUGUUUGUUUUUUUG